GCAUUUUCGAAGUUGAAUUUAAAUUUGCGCUUAAGGAAAUAUGCGCUUAGAAUAGUGCACAUUCGUCAUUAGACUAAUUUGUAAAUGCAACGCGCAACAAUCAGAGUGGAAAAAUCGAAAUCGAAAUUGAAAUCUUGAACCAAUCAAAUACCUCUUUAUUAUAUUAUAUUUUCCACAUCCUUUCAUUCCAAUCGCCUUUCUCAUCUUCAAAUUUACAUUCACAUUAUUUACUCUCUCUAAAUGGGCUACAUCGGGUACGCGCGCACAGCGCUCAAUGCGACGGUAACGUUUCUCGCGAUAUGGGCCGGACUAUAUCUGCUGCUGACAGGCCGCGGCGAGCGCUUCAACAUCGGUGGUUACCUGCUGCGGUUGUCGCCGUACAUGUGGGCGCUCUAUGGCAUAUCGUUCUGCAUUGGGCUUAGCGUCAUCGGCGCCGCGUGGGGAAUCUUCAUUGCCGGAUCGAGCAUCCUCGGAGGAGCCGUUCGCACGCCGCGCAUAGCGACCAAGAACCUCAUCAGCAUUAUCUUUUGCGAAGUCGUUGCCAUCUACGGCGUCAUCAUGGCUAUUGUGUUCUCAGCAAAGAUUGCUGCUGUCAGCUCGGAGAAGGGCUUUUCGUCGUCGGAUUAUUACACCGGGUACUCAUUGUUCUGGGGCGGUCUGGCUGUUGGUCUGUCUAAUCUUAUUUGUGGCUUGGCCGUUGGCAUCACUGGGAGUAAUGCCGCAGUUGCCGAUGCCCACGACCAGCAGUUGUUCGUCAAGAUCUUGGUUAUUGAGAUUUUUGGCAGUGUUAUCGGCCUAUUCGGCUUGAUCGUUGGCUUGUUGGUGACAGGCAAGGCAGAGGACUUUACAGGCAUUAUUUAAUGUUGCUUGCAUUAUCUUUCUGAAGAUGUAGAGUUGAAAGCAUAUACUAGGAAAAGUAAAUAAUAUUCUAGCCUGCAAAUGCUAAUAAUGAG